CAAAAAGUAGUAUUUUUUUUUCUUUUAGAGGUUUUUUCAAAAAGAAAUUUCUUACCUUUAAAAGGUAAAGGUAAGAUUUUUUGUGCCCUAUGAAUCUUAAAUAUUCAAGCUAUUCUUGCUGAAUGAAUGCUCUGUCAUCAGUUGAUUUCGUCAUUGAGUGAUGCUUACAUGUAGGUAUGUGUUGCAAUUCUCAAGGAGUUAGUUAGAAGUAGAAAAGAGAGUUUACAGUUUAGUCCUCUUGGUUUGUUAUGUAUUUCUUUUUAAUCCCUAAGUGGCUCAGUUGUAAUGAGUACUAUGUGUCAGAGAUGGUGCUUGGCCAAGGCCUAUUAAAAGUACUAAAUGUUUCUGGAAAGGACAUGGAUGAAAAAGUUCCUUUAGCUUGAUUUAGCUUCUCUUUUUCUUAGCCUACAAUUAAUUUUCUUCUAGUUUUUCCUUUAGUCUUCACUGUUUCAUUGCAUUUUCACCUGUUGCAAAUUCAUUUUGCAACAUUUGGUAUCAAAACACUAUCCUGAGCUCUGUGGAAAUCAUGUCUGACGAGAUGAAGGAGAUUAAAGAGAUGUUCGAUCUAAUGACGAUGGAGAUGGCCAAUUUUUCCCUAAGGCAGAAUCAGAUUGAGGAACAGCACGAGAAGGCUAUUAACAGCUUGCGCGAGUCCAUAAACGCGAUCCAAAAAGGAGAUCGAGGUAAAGGGAAUGCUAUCAGUGAGGGAGCCGAGAUCUACACUCCCUCUGGCAACCCCAUGAUAUGGGCUACCUUUGUCUCUACGGGGAAUCCACCAGGGUUUCAAUCUCUAGCUGGCUAUCAGUAUGGUGCUCAAAAUUCCCAACAAUUCCAAACUCCAGCAGGUGAACACUACCAGCGACAAGGUUACAGCAGAGUUCAACCAUUUUUCACUACCGCAGGCCAAAUACCUUCCACAGGUCAAGGAGGAGAAGGAUUUCAUCAUGCUACAAAUCUACCUUCAUCUAGCCACCAGAAUGGAUCCAUGACUAGUCUAACUAAGAAACAAUCACAUAAAAUGUCAAACCCCUCAGAUGAAAGAGGCAAGGAACCAAACCUUUGCAACGAUCCUCCUAAAGGUGAAGUGAAUGAUGACCUUCAUGCAGAGGAUCCAAGAGUUCAGAAGAAGAAAGCCGAGAACCAUCUCAAGAGGUACAUAUUUUUAUAUGCAACUAAUUGAUUCCGUUUGCUCAAGGCUUUUGCGAUGCUAAUGAAUGAUGAAGCAUAUGUUAAAGCCAUUCAGAUUAGGGAAAUCCUUUUUGUACCGAAGGUUUCUAGAAACUCCCAUGUACUUUGUUCUUUUAUUUGCAGCUCAAAUCUUCUAUACUACUAAUCAAUGACGAAGUAUACAAUAAAAUGAUCGGUAUUAGUGAAUACAUUCUUGAACCAAAAGAUUUUCUAGAAAUAAUUCGUGUGUACUUUCAUUUACAGCUCAAAUAUUUUAAAAUGCUAGUCACCAUAGCAUAUUUGAAGUGAUAGCUAUUAGGGAAUACAUUUAGCAUCCGGAGAUAUUCUGAAACAAUUCCCGUUUAAAGCGGGAACUGAUGAUGUUUGUUUCCACUUCCCCACAAUGAUAACACUGAGAACCUCACUCUGUCUUCCUCAAUUUCCUAUUAUUAUAACUAGGAAACGGUUGUUGUGUUGUUUCUAGGCCUUGUAUGUAAUACCAUAAGUCAAAACAAAAACCUAUCACACUGGUUACACCAUUAGGUAUAACGAUGGUGCGUUUCACUUCAGCAGAAGUCCAUGGCAUUGGAUUAUCUAAAUAACUAUCUACUAUAAGGUAUCAUUAUUCUUUAUUUGUCUGAUUACAUUGUCUCAAGUAGUUAUGAACUUUGUUUUUUGACUGCAGCACGUGACUGAUUUGUCUGGAAGGAAAAUAUGGUUCGAAUUACUGGUAAGGACUUACAGAAUAAGAGAUCAAAUUUGAAUGUCUUGGUAUUUUUUUGAGGAGCUGUUAAAAUAAGAGCUCAAAUUUAACAUAACCUGGCUUUUAUUUUCUUUUUAUUUAUUAAGAGUGAAGGCACUCAUUGUAAGCUCUGUUUUGACAACAAAAAAACAUCUGACUGACAUCUUUGCCAUGUAUUUUCUUAUAUCAUUUGAUGUUUACCUUAAUGCUAUCCAUGCUAGGCAUGACCGAAAGUCAGCUUUUGGGUUUCAAUGGGCAAUGGGAGUUAGGUUGCUUUUGUUUCACUUAUAAUUCCUGUCACAUAUUGUGGAUUGAGAAUUGUUUAAUGUCAUAAACAGUCCUCUGUAAUUCUUCAAAGUGACAUACUACUAGUUGUCUAACCUAUUUUGAGUAACAACAUCAAGUGGAACAACUAGAUCAUCCCUGGAGUUUGAAGGAUGCAGACAUCGGUUCAUCAAUUCUUGGGCUAAUCUAGGAUCCAUCAUAGGAUCUUGCGGGUGAGUAGAUAAAGUCUAUCAGAAAAGGAAGAACAAUGUGAUAUUCCAACAGAAUGUGCAGCCGAAAGUAUUACCAUUUCAUCUAAAUAAAGUCCUUUUUCGCGAAAUUUUUCUCAAGUUCUCUAGCAUUUAAAGUGAACGCGAGAAGUGCAACUGAUUCAAAUACAAGAAAAAACAGAAAACAGUAAAGAUAAGAAAGGAACAAAAACAACUAUAAAUGAGUACGAUAAUUAAAAAAUACUAAAGAGUAAGAUUUUUGGAAUGUUACAGAAAGAUUUGAGGAAUUUGUAAGCAAGAUUGUUGGUACUUUUUAGUGAAAAAUGCACUAUUUGGGAUAUGAGAGAAAUGUUAGAGGACACAUAAGGCAAACAAGAAGAGUGAUAUUUAUUCUUACCGAUGUAAGUGACAUUCAUUCUUACAGAUGUAUUAUUGUUUUUGGACUGCAGCACUAUUAUGGUGGCUGUCGUCGAUUAUUUAGUACUUAUAGGUUUGUUAUGAUGUGAUGCCACUAUAUUCUUAUUUCUUUUCCUUUCUUUGCAGUUGCAGCUUCCGUGUGUGAAUUCUCUGUUUCUGCUGCUGUACGGUGUUUCAGUUAGUAGGCAUUAUGCAAAUUUCCUGCAUCAAAUGCUUUUGAUUAUUGCCGAAGGCGUAUAUAGUUGCACUUCUUCUCUUAGUUUAUUUAGUUGACCUAAUACUUCUGCAUGCUUAUUUCUGAUUUUGAUAAUACCAGUCAAAUUAACGUUCAUUUUGAUUACUGAAGCAGUGGGAUAUAUUAAGGUGUCACUGCUGCUCUGUCAAUGGCAUACCGUAUUCUGUUAGUUCUUUUAUAAGAGUUGCUUGUGAGAGAAAAAUGUGCUUUCCCUCAUGACUCCAUUUGGAUCCCUAGAGUUCCGGGAAAGAUGUAUUUCUUUGUUACUGUGAGCAUGUAGAUCAUCUGUUGUUGCAUUGUAAAGUGGCUAAUUGGUUAUGGAGGGUGGCCCUUAAGUUGUUCGGGUUGCAAUGGAGUGCCCGCACCCCCCCCUUCUUUUUGACUCUUGAGUAGUUUUUUGAUGCUUAAUGCACAUCAUGCAGGAAGCAGAAUCAGCCAGUCUUGAGGCAUCAUCAAGAUCGAAGUUGGGAAGUGUAUGUUCUUAAACUCUGCCUAUUAUUUACGACUUACAAUGAUGAUUUUUGAUGGUUGGUACUCACGUUUCACUGACUCCUCCCAUUUCACUCUUUUCAAUUUACAUUGGAUAAGUUCUUCCCUCAUCAAAGACAUUGUAAUAACAUCUUCUUCCUAAAUAAAAUCUGUUCGACGUUAAAUGUGUCUGGGCAUAUGGUUUUCUUUUUAUGAAUGGAUGUCAAGUGACCAUUAUAACACAUACGUGUUCAUUCUUUGUCAACUUAUUUUUCUAUUAACUUUUUGUUUGUAAUUGUGGGAUGUAAUAUUUGGCAUUUAUGAAGUUUUUCCCACUUGAUCGGACACCAUUAUUUUCGCCCUCACUCCUCCUUCCCCACCCACCCACCCAAAAAAAGAUGAACGAGAAAAUAGGGGUUUAAGGUAUUCUUAGAGCAUAUAUAAUCUGUGGAAAUAGUGACAUGCCUUAAGUUGUUACAUGUUUUGAUAGUAAAUAUAUGAGUGAGUAUGCAAGUCAUUCUUUGAUGAGGUACAACAACAACAACAAUUUUAUUAGUUAUUAGGGGAAUAAAACCUCGUAUACAAGGCUUAUACCAAAAGAGAGAACCGACAUCAUAAUGUGAUUCUCUACAAAAGGCAUCCAAUUAUCUAUAUAAACACCAAAAGGAAACUAGAAACAAAAGACUGUUUUGCAACUAUACAAAAUUUUAUUCUACCCCUUCAAACAACCUCCUAUGUCUCUCUUUCCAAAAAACCCACAUAAUUGCUAAUGGGGUAACAUUCCAUGCCCUAGGACUUCUCUUCCCCUUCCUGAAACCUCAUUUAUGCAAAGCCUCAUUCACUGUGCUCAGCAACACCCAUUGUACCUCAAACCAAUUAAGAAUCACCCUCUACAGUCGGUUAGACACUUGACAACACAAUAGGAUAUCUAUAUCUUCAACCGAACUUUUGCACAUGAAACACGCUCUGUCAAUAUCACACCCAUGCUAACAAAUGCACCUCCUUCGGAGCCCCGAGUACUCAUAUAUCCCAAUGAGGGAAAACAUACCUAUCUUUUGCACAUGAAACAAUCUCUGUCAAUAUCACACCCAUGCUGACAACCAUGCUAAGAAAUGCACCUUCUUCGGAGCCCUGAGUACUCAUAUAUCCCAAUGAUGGAAAACAUAAUUUUAUCUCCUUAAUAGCUUCUGGUAAUAAGAGUUAACGGUGAAUAAACUAACUUUGCUGUCUCGCCAUCUCCAUACAUCCGAUAUAUCGAUUAGCAUAUUCACCCCAUACAGUAACUCAACCAAACUAUGAAAUUCUUCAACUCCCAAUCUUGUAAAUUCCUCCUGAACCUCAGAUCCCAAUGAAUGAGGAUGCAAAUCAUCUAAUUAUGCCUUGCAAAGCUGUCAAUAAUCUUUGGUAUCUAAUGCUCAAUAGGUUUGGGUACUUCCUUCUUAAUGUCCCUUGACCAUAAACCAACAUAUGGUGGGAUAUGUUUAGGUGGUUUGGAACUUCACGGACAAUGCCAAGAACGGUGGAAGAGUUGAUUUUCAGUUGGAAGAGCGAGAUAAAGAGGAGAAAAUGCAAGGGGUAGAUCGAGUUUCAUUGAUAAU